UAUCUAAGACUUAUCUGAAAAUGGUGCUUACCCUCUUCAUAUGCUCUAUCACCUACCACUUAGAAAGAAAUAAAGCCUUUAGUUCUAUAUGCGUAAGACAUACACACCCCAGAUACGAGAUAGACAGGUACCUUGUUUGUACCCCACCCUGCCCUACUGCCUACAUAGUUACAGAAGCUGUUUGGGGUGUUUCUUUUUCUGCCACCUAAUCUUUAUGUGGCAAAAGGCAACAAUGCCUUCUGUCAUGUACAAUUUAUUUAGAGUUCCAGAUUCUAGAACUUAAGAAGGAAAAGGCACAACCAGAAACAGAAUGAGUGGAACUUGAGUAUUACCAGAGAAGGAAAAAGCCUUGGACACUUUUCCAUCAUGCUGACGGCAUUUUAGAUACAUUUGUCAAUUUUCCCAAAUUUUAACUGAAGAAAACCUAAAGAGUUUGAAGAUAAAGUGUGACCAACUGGUUAUCAGGCUUUCAGGAUGAAUCUGGAAAAACUCAGCAAGCCUGAGCUCCUAACACUCUUCAGUAUUCUUGAAGGGGAGCUCGAAGCAAGGGACCUUGUUAUCGAAGCUUUAAAGGCCCAACACAGAGAUACUUUCAUUGAAGAACGCUAUGGAAAAUAUAACAUCAGUGAUCCUUUAAUGGCCCUACAGAGAGACUUUGAGACACUGAAGGAGAAAAAUGAUGGCGAAAAGCAGCCAGUCUGCACAAACCCCCUCUCCAUUCUCAAGGUGGUGAUGAAGCAAUGCAAAAACAUGCAGGAGCGCAUGCUGUCCCAGCUGGCCGCCGCUGAGAGCAGACACCGCAAGGUGAUCCUCGACCUUGAGGAAGAAAGGCAAAGGCACGCACAGGACACAGCCGAGGGAGAUGACGUGACCUACAUGCUAGAGAAGGAGAGAGAGCGGCUGACUCAGCAGCUGGAAUUUGAAAAGUCCCAGGUGAAGAAGUUUGAAAAGGAGCAGAAGAAGCUGUCCAGUCAGCUGGAAGAGGAGCGCGCCCGCCACAAGCAGCUCUCCUCCAUGCUGGUGCUCGAGUGCAAGAAGGCCACCAGCAAGGCGGCCGAGGAGGGCCAGAAGGCAGGGGAACUGAGCCUGAAGCUGGAGAAGGAGAAGAGCCGCGUGAGCAAGCUGGAGGAAGAGCUGGCGGCGGAGAGGAAGCGAGGCUUGCAGACGGAGGCCCAGGUGGAGAAGCAGUUGUCUGAGUUUGACAUCGAAAGGGAACAGCUGCGAGCAAAGCUGAACCGGGAGGAGAACCGGACGAAGACUCUGAAGACAGAGAUGGAGAGUCUGAAGAAGAGAGUGAAGGACCUGGAGGCCUCUCCCCAGCACAGCAGCCCCAGGGAGCUGUCGAGGAAACUGGUCUCCGUGGCCAAAGGCACAGCGACUGAGCCUCCUGUGCUGGUGUCCGUGUUUUGCCAAACGGAGAGUUUUCAGGCCGAAAGAACCCAGGGGAGCAACAUAGCCAAGGGGACAGCCUCCGGGCCGCCUGGUCCCACCACUCCUGCCUACUGUUACGCAAAAGCCAAUGGCCAUUUUGACCCAGAGAUCCAAACUUCCAAGGAGCCGACUGCAGGCAGCAGUGUAGAACACCAAGUGCCUCCACGAGAGAAGCCCGGGGCCCAGGAGAAAGCGGUGGAGAACGGCGGGUGCCCCCUGGGCGUGGACACCCCAGUCCCAGGGCCCAGUCAUCUCCCCUCCAGCGGGAGCUCCCUCUCUCCCAGCAGCACUGCCUCCUCCUCACUCACGUCCUCUCCUUGCUCUUCCCCAGUGCUAAAUAAGCGCUUGCUGGGCUCCUCCGCCAGCAGCCCCGGCUACCAGUCGUCCUACCAAGUAGGGGUCAACCAGCGGUUCCACGCGGCUCGGCACAAAUUCCAGUCCCAGGCAGAUCAGGAGCAGCAGGCCAGUGGUCUGCAGAGCCCCCCGUCCAGGGAUCUGUCCCCCACCCUCAUGGACAACUCUGCUGCCAAGCAGUUGGCCCGAAACACAGUCACUCAGGUGCUCUCCAGAUUCACUAGCCAACAAGGGCCCAUCAAGCCCGUCUCUCCCAACAGCUCUCCCUUCGGCACAGACUAUCGGAAUCUGGCCAGCUCUGCCAACCCGAGAAGCGACGCCAGCCAUUCACCUACUCCAGGGAAAGUGUCCAGUCCUCUGAGCCCCCUGUCUCCGGGGAUCAAGUCCCCGACCAUCCCCCGAGCUGAGAGAGGAAAUCCUCCACCCAUCCCACCCAAAAAACCCGGCCUCACCCCUUCUCCGUCCACUGCCGCGCCACUGACCAAAACUCACACCCCGGCGUCCUCUCUGAGCGCCGCCGAAGACCUCGCCGGCAGCUGCUCUUCCAAUGCCGUCGUGGCCAACGGCAAGGACGUUGAGAUCCUUUUGCCGACCAGCAGCUAGUCCCCAGAGGGGCUGCUCCGCACUUGACAUUCCGUCAGAUUUCAUCCGAGAGCUCAGCGUCAAACCGUCGAGUCAGAUCAUGUUAUUUAUUUUGAUAGUAGCGGAAACCAUCUGUAUAAUACAGUUAGUGUAAUUCAACUUUUUGUAUUUUUUUAAGUAGACACUGAGUAGUUUGGGUUUUUAUGACUCCCAUCUUUGUACUAAAGCUAGAGAGGCACCUCAGAGACAUCUCGAGCUCGACCUUCGCCAUCGUGUUGCGAUAGAAAAAGCUGGUGGAGCACCAGGUGGUGAUUUGCUGUCUAUUUUGGGACUAGAAUCACUCAACACUCAUUUUGAAUUAUGCAGACGUGGUUCAUGCAGAUUUUUAUUCCAGAUGAACAUGUUUAAAAAGUGCCUGAAAUAAGACUGCCAUAUGAAUGUGAUUCUGCAGCAAAAACACAAAACAGAUCAUUUUAUUGCAGAAAAUUAGAUCCUCUGUGAAUCCUGAAUGUUAAAAUCCAACACUGCUUUGAGUCCUCUUUUCUUCUGUUUAGCCCAAGCCUUGAGUUGAGAAGCAAGGCUGAGGGAGAGGCACCCGCGAGGGCGCCGUGGGAGCGCGCUCAUCCCGGAACUAGCUUUCUAGUGCCCUUGAAAACCCUCCUGACAAUGAAGCAGUUGGGGUGCUGAUUUUUUUGUACUUUUGAGAAUUUGUUACCCCAAGUUUCCUGCCUAAGUUCUUGAAUAGAGGGAAGUCACAUCUCCAUUCAAAAAUGUCUUCAGGCAUCUACUGUUGUGUAAGGAACUUCUGAUUCCGAUCGCUAUUACUUGAAUAGGAAAUGGUUAUUCGUUCUGUAUAAAAGUUUUGCCACAGAAUGAGAUCUUUAUUCUGUAAUCUAAAAAGCAAUAACAUAAAAUUCACUCUCCUUGUAAUAUUAUAAGUCAGAAUCACAUAGGUUUUACUAAACUGUUAUACUUAACUCUCCAAGCUGCCAGCACUUGGUGUCUAUAUCUGUGGAACCAAAUUAACUUUUGCCUAAGUGGAAGUAUAAAUAUAUCUGUAUAGAUACACAACCCUUUGCGUGUUUAACAUACACACUUAAACACAUAAAUAUUAGUGUGAUUAUAUCUUUGGAGUUUGCAAUAGAGCAUAAAGGAUGAGUAGAAAUGCACCUUCAGAUUACCUACCAAAGCAGCCAGAUGUGCUGGGGACCCAAUCACUCAAAAGAGGACUCUUGUGCACAGGGAGGGGGCAAAUUCCAAAUAAAGUCAGGUCUUUGGCAUCGUGAAAAGGAAGGGCCACUCCCUCCAGUGUCACAAAACUCACUGGUCGUAACAGUGAGUAAAACUCAACUGGGAGUGGCAGAAGCUGCAACAAGCUGUAGUGCCCAAGCCCCCCUGAGAAGGGACGCAUGCUGUUCAGCCCCAGCCGCUGCUGCCGUGCACGAGCUCUAGGCCAGGGCUGCUCACAUUUUUAUGAAACACAAAUUUUCAUGAAAAACAUGAAAUUUUUAAAUGUCAAGAACUGAUUCAAAAAAUUUUAAACUUCUGGUUAAACAAACACUUCUACAGCUGGAUAUAGCUCAUGAGCUGCCAAGUUGCAAAAUCCUCCAUUCUAGAAUCUUCUCCCUUUGGCACAGACUGUCGAAGUCGAGCCAACCCUGCCAACCCAUUUCCAUCAUAGUGAGUGUGUGAGGACAAAAGCCUCCAGGCUUUGCAAGUUACAGGCUAGUACAAAGUGCUUAGAACAUGGCGACUGACCCCUCUUCUACACUGCACAGCCCACAGCCCAGUGUAGACAUGGUGGCUAAGUGGUCAUGUGUCCACAGUGAUACAAUCAAGUAAAGGAUAGAGAAGGCCUCCUGCUGUCAUUUAAAUCUAUUUCCUCUUAAUCCAACAUGGGUUGACGAGAGGAAGGCAGGUGAUAGAAGUUGGUUCUCUAGAUCACAGUGGAGGAUAUUGGUAUCUCCAUAGUUUAUGAUUUCAUCCAGGUCAAUACAUAAAAAAUUAAAUUCUGCUCUGCCCCAGGGGUGUCUGCCAACAUGGUGAAGAUGGCAUCUUAAACAGUCCAAACCAAUCAUACAUUAAACUACUUCACACAUGGCCAACAAGAGAACUGGCUAUAGUCCCAGCGUAGUAUUACCUCUCUUGCUUUAAAUGGUAAUCUUAAAAGUUGCAUUGUGCUCUCCCUUUGUUUUGGCAUAGAUAUAUAUAUAGAGAGAGAUUAUAAGGAAGUUUAUUUCUUAGGAAGUGCACUGAAUAAUGUAUUUCUUUUACAGUGUAAUAUGGGGGUGGGGAAAUGCAAAAAAAAUGUGUAUUUUUGCUAGUUGCCUAUCUUCUGAGAUAAAUAAGCACAAUACUGCAAUGGAUCCAAUAAUCCAGUUAGGUAUUAGAGAUUAGUAUUUAAGUUUGCUGUAGAUUGUGUGUGUGCUAAGUAAAAAGUUCCAUGAUUCACAAUUUUGGUAUUAACUCAUGUUACGAAAGCUAUGUUACCGUGUUACUGGACAACAGGUUAUAAUGAUGUGCAACCUAACACAAGCAUUAAGUAGUUAACAUUUGUAAAGCCAGAUGUACCAUGCAGAAGUCUUCAUCCAUUUUUAUAGCAGACUACAUUAAAACAAGUUAAAUCCCAUCGCAUGGGGAAGAAAUAGUCUUGUUUGUGCAAAGCACCGGGGGCCUGUUUUCUUGGGCAGCACCAGAUGGUGCUGAAGGGCGCACUCGUGACUGUAAAGAAAUCAAGCCAGUGACCCAUCCAGGUCAGACCCCAAAAGGAGCCAAGACGUUGGUCUUCUUUAGAAUCUUAGCACUGGAAGCGGCUUUCACAGUAAUCUGGCCUGUGAUUUGAUUUUUUUUUUUUAAGAUUUAUUUAUUUAUGCAUACAAGAGCUGGGGUAUAG